CAGACCGGUAGUGGUAGGUAGGCGGGUAGGAAGGACGACUCUUCACGUUGGUCGCAUUUAUCCUAGGAAGUUGCCACUACGGCCCUCUGUCGUUGCAUUUAAGCUGUUCGGUGGCAGAGGAGCCGUCUGCCGAAUCUCUCUCUCUCUCUCUCUCAGGGGUGUUCUGAGAUCACAUAGAAAGAUGGUGAAGGCCGUUGCUGUUCUUGGCAGCAAUGCAGGUGUCAAUGGCACCAUAUACUUUACUGAGGAAGAAGAUGGCUCAACUAAAGUAACUGGAAGUGUUUCUGGUCUUAAACCUGGGCUUCAUGGAUUCCAUGUCCAUGCUCUUGGUGACACAACAAAUGGUUGCAUGUCAACAGGACCACAUUUUAACCCUCAUGGUAAAGAGCAUGGUGCUCCCGAGGAUGAAAACCGUCAUGCUGGUGACCUUGGGAAUGUUACUGUUGGUGAGGAUGGUACUGUUAACUUCACCAUAGUUGACAAACAGAUUCCUCUUUCUGGACCCAAUUCAAUUGUUGGAAGGGCUGUUGUUGUGCAUGCUGAUCCUGAUGAUCUUGGAAAAGGAGGACAUGAACUCAGCAAAAGCACUGGGAAUGCUGGUGGCAGAGUAGCCUGUGGUAUUAUUGGCCUGCAAGGUUAAUCUGGCACUAUUCCAUAUCUUGGGGUAGAAUUUGCGGUUCUCCAAAGGUUUCUUCAUAGGGUUCUUGCAAAUUGAAAUUAUAUGGAAUAAAGAGAUGGGCGUGUAUUGUGAGAUAUAGCUGAGAAGCCUGAAAAUGUGUUGUUUCCGCCAUGCUCUUUUUGUCAUAGAACCUGAGAUGUUUGUACUGCUCAUUUURCAUGGACUCUCUCUUAGACCCCAUUUGCUUUUCAGUAAGUUACUUACCUGGGCAAGUUUUUCCUGGGAAACA